AGUAAACAACAACAGAGUUACAGCAACAAAAGAACAACAACAACAACCAACAGCUCUGCUAGUAGAUACCAAAAACUUAAUGUAAUAUUUAACAUUUUUAUUGUCGAGGCACCCAAAGCAAAGUUGCAUAUUUUGCAUAGUAGACUUUUAGGCGCCGCACACAAUACCAAUACAAAGAACACAACAACAGCAUCAACAUCAAGUGCAACAUCUGCAAGCAGAGCAAUCUGCAUACAAAGCAACAACAUCCAUCCGAAACCGCAAACAACAACAUCCGCAAUCCAAGCAAUUCAGACAACCACCAUCGCCUCCUCCACCACCACCACGAACCACAUGAGCCUGAACAAGAUCAAGAAGCGGGACGCGAGCGACUUAUGACUGAUGCGCUCCAAGGGCAACGUCGGCGUCGUCAACGUCGGCGUCGCCGUUGGCAGUGGCAGCCGGUACAAGGUGACGGCCCGCUGCGUCCCGGAGGUGAGCAUCACCUCGCCAACGAGCGUUGGAUUAGCCGGAUCCGGCGGUCAUCAGCCGGCCAUCCAGCCAAAGCACUUUGCCCUGCUGCGCAGUCGCUCGCAACCGUCGCCGCCGACGUCUAACAGCCUUUUCUCCACGCCUCCAGGCGGCGCCACUCUGGUCGAGGAGGAGGAUUUCAGCUUGGCCAGCGGCAGUGGUUCGGCGGCGUCCAAGAACGUGCUCCAGCGUCAGCUGGCCACCACUGUCCAGCAGGAGGAUCCGGAUCUGGACCAUAUUGCGCAGGAUCCUCACAGCAAGUUGCCCGAGGCUGGUGAGCCGCCAAAUGAGCUGACUCCCUUGGUGGAGGAACCCGGCUUUGUAGCGCCCGCCACGUCGACCACCCGUUAUAGCCAUAACUCGAAGACCACCCGAUCCUGGCCGGUGAUCUACCGAAAUCCCCAUCACUGCGACUACGAGGCACUCUACGUCCAACAGCAACAGCAGCAGCAGCAGAGCUUUAAGCAAAACUGCUACUCCAACCAGUUUAAGCAGUCGAUCGUCUACUCCAGCAGCAAUGAGGAGCUACCUGGCGGAGAGCAGCAGCCGGUAGCAGCCUCAAGCUCCGACAACCGCCAGACCACUUGCUACUACUUCGCCCCCAGCCGGCAUAACAGCAUUUAUGAGCACCCCUCCUCGGUGGUCGGGGGAUCCCUGCAGUUUGAUAAUCCUACCACCACCCAAGCAGCGGCAGCGGCCGCCGUCGAGAGCCUAAGGCGGAGCAACAGCAUCCUGCUGCGCCAGAACAGCUGCGCCAAAGUCAUUCAACGACGCGGCAGUGGUAGUGGAUCGCCCACCUCGCUGGGCUCGCAAAUGGAGGGACUGGGCAUGGGCAUGGGCGGCGCUGGAGGGGGCAGCGCCUGCUGCUCCACAUGUUGCAUGGGUCCGCCGCCGGUGCUUUUUUUGUUCGUCACGCUGCUGAUGACCACCAGUGCCACGGCGAUGUUGUGCGCCGCCAUCAUGACCGACCACUGGGAGCACGUAACGUGGGAUCGCAACAGUCUCGAUCGUUACUCCAAUCGAUCGGGUCUGCACCUGGAAUGGCUGCUGGAUGACCAGGUGGCCAUGCUCAAGCCGGACAAAAGAGCCGAUCAUCGUUUCCGGCGCGACUCUGUGUUCCUAGUGCCCAUGCACGGCGGCAUCUGGACGCUGUGCAUCGACCUGCCCAUGCAGCAAUUGCAGGAGCUUCGUCGCAAUCCCAAAUUUCCGCGCGGUGCGCCGCCAUGUGUCAACUACCUGGCCGGCUCAAUGGAGAACGCUCGCGGAGAGGAGCAGCGCAACGACUGGCAGCACAGUGAGUCACAGGUCACUCUGCAGCCGCAUCUGAGAAUGCAAAAUCUCUCCAUAUCCUGCUCAUUGGUCUGCCUGAUUAUCUUGGGCAGCGCUGCACUUGUGGGAGCCUUUGGCGUCUGUCAGCGCCAAAUUAGCGCCAUACUCAUCACGGGUGUGAUGUAUCUACUGGCAGCUUUGUUUGCUCUUUUUACGCUGAUGAUCAUCCACUUUAAGCGGCAACAGGGGCGCCCCAUGCUGGACAGUGACUACGAUGGAACCGUCGAUGGGAUUGUGGCGCGUCCCGGUGGCGUAGCCAUCAUGGCCAAGCCCCUACUGGGUGCGCGCAUCUUCCUCACCUCGUGGAGCCUUGAUCUAGGCUGGGGAGGAGUGGUGCUGUGCGCCAUCACUUCGGUACUGUGGAUCCUGCUGUCAAAGAUCAUGCGAUAUAACCCCUUCUCGGCGCUCAUGAUUUAGCUAAACGCCUUGCCGCUCGGCGUAUACGGAACCAGCUACGGCAGCCUGGGCAGCUGCGAAAGCUACGGCAGCUAUGGGAGCACUCAUACCCACAGCGGCACCAGUAGCGGCGGCAGCUCCAGCUUCCUUCUGGCGGCCGUUUCGUCGACGCGGCAGGCGGAGCAUCGGGGCAAGGGCAAAUACAUCCUAUAGAUGAAUGCUGCUCUGUGCCCUGGCUCUGCUAAUCUCAACUAAACGGAUUUCCCCCCUUACGCAACUUAGUUGGGAUAAGCUGUUGCCGGGAAUCUCACGUAAUGCUAAAUGAAAAUCCUUUUGUUACUAUUCACGAAUUCAAAGAAAGAAGAAAGAUCAGGCAGAUUUGGUCUAUGAAGAAUUGAAGCUUGAAAGUUCUACAGUUUCAUCUUAAAACUAAUAAUUUAACUUUGAAAUAUGUUUAAAAUACAAGAAGUAUUGAAUGUUUGAAAUGCUCGGCAGCACACCCCUUACUUUAGUCUCCAUUUAUUAGUUAGCUGUGUUGGAAAAUGUACCAAACUUAAACUCAAUUGCCUUGUUCUUGAUAUAUACACACAAAUUAUACAACUUAUACUUAAUAUUUAUGCCCAUUCUUAUUAAACACUGUACUAAACUUAACUUAAUUAACUUUACUUAACUUAGCCCAAUUGUAAAUUCAAUUUACACUCUCUCUUUACAAGUAAACCCUUUUGUAUACAUUCGAUUCGACUCUUAUUAUACUAUAUAUACACCAAACACUAAUCCUAGCUUCAUGAGCAUGUAACAUGCGAAAUGUGAGACAUUAUAUACACGGAACAGACGACGGAGGAAUCGGGAUCGAAAUUCCCCAAAGGCUUUGGCUUUAAAGUGCUUUAUAGUAACAGUUCGCUUGCCUAGCAUUAAUCAAGCCCCAGCUAUGUAGGCUAUGACGGUUGCUUCAAAUUAGACAGACUAACUGGAGAAAUGGAAGAAAAUAAUUGGUAAAAAAUCCUGGCAAAAAUAACAUAUAUACUACAGAAGAUGCUAAUGCUCUAGCCAUAUUUAGGCCUAAAAGGAUCUGCAACCAUUCUACCAUUAUCCUACCAUCCAGUUGGUUAAGUAGAAAUUUAGGAGCUUGUCAUGACAGCAUAACGACGAAUUGUAGAACUUUACCGAGUACUUUUAGAGCUCCAGCAGAACCGAGAUCAUUCAGUGCUUUAAAACAAAUGGUUUACAAAACUUAUUGUACUUGUAUAGAAGCCACCACAAACCGAACAAAAUGCUAAAAGUAUCAACAUGUAUUUUUAUGCAAACGCUUUGCCUUAACGAAAGAAAAAACAAACAAACAAAAACCAAA